AACGGUUUUUGAAUUUUGAAAUGUUUUGAAUUUAUGAUUUGGGAUUAAGUCCUGUUUUAUUUUAUUAUUAUGCUUUUUUACAUUGAUCAAUAUUAUUAACUGGAUUUAUUGUGAUAACUUGUACUUUAUAAUCAUGGAUUACUCAACAAUUAGCAACAAAACCAACAUAACCGAGGCGGAAGAUCUAACAGGUGGUGAAAUCACUGAAAAGUAUUAUUUGCUUCGUAAACAGUAUGAGAACUUAUCUAGCAACUAUGAUUCAAUAAAACAGGAGCUCCACGAUACGAGACGGAGUUACCAAACCGCUUUAGACGUCCAGAGUCACCUAAAUGCCGAGCUAGAAAGUUGUCAGGCCGAUGAACAAAGACGAAGGACUGAGCUGAAUUCCCGCAUAACAGCUCUACAAGAAGACAUUUCAGCUCUACGGCAGGAUCGAACGGACUUGUUAGAGCAUCAUUCGAAUGAAAUUAAGCAGUUACAAAUAGAAAAUAAGCGUUUAAGAGAUGAACAACUUGUGGUAGCUAGGGAAUCACCAGUUCGUGAUACUUCGGAGUUUGACGAACUCCGGAUAGCUUUGUCUUCUAUGACAUCAGAGGCAGCAGUCGUCAAAGUAGCUCUUGAGGAGGCACGCGCGGAACUUGUGCCCUGGCAGAUGAAAGUAGAAGAGCUAGUCACAGAAGUGGCGGAGCUUCGUGCAGCAGCAGACAUAAGGAGGGAAGAGUUGAGUGCUGCAGGUGAACGGGAGGCGGCAGCCCUGGCCGACCUGGCUGAAGCUAGGGCUUUACUUCACCAGGUUGACUCACAAGAUCUGCAGCCACAUGCUGCAAAAGGAAAUUCUUUGUUUGCUGAGGUAGAUGACAAGCGUCAAGAAAUGGCCAAAAACCUGAUACAAAUGAAACAAACUAAUUCUAGGCUACGUAGAGAGCUGGCCAACAAGCAGGCAGAACUGGAAGCGCUGCUGCAUGAGAAGCAGACCAUAUGGGAGCAGCAGGCUGGUGCAGCCGCCCACUAUGACAGAGAACUUAUAGAGAACUACGAGGAGCGCAUAACGCAACUGGAGGGUCUUUGUGAGAGGCAGAGACGUGAGCUGUCCCGUUGGUUUGGCAAGCUGUGUGAGCCAACUGCGCAGGGCUGGCUGCCUGGAGUCCUGGAUCAUUUGAAAACAGAAUGUGAACAGCUACGGUUAGAAGUGUUAUCUAGAGGUGCGGCGCAGUUAGCAAGCGCGGCUCAAGUAAGGGAGCUGCGAAGGAAAAUAGCCCAUCUGACCGCCAACAACACUAAGCAAUCACCCAUACAAAGUCAAAUUGAUAAAGUAGAUAUUAGCGUGCAAAAAAUUACUGUGCCAAUCAAGAAACCUGCAGUUGAUGAUGUCAAGAAAAAAGUGUCUUUUAAUUAAUGUGUGAUUUAUAGCAAACUGAACUAUAUAAUAAUAAUCUUUUAUAUCUUUAUUUACAGACAUUACAUCUAUUUCUAAAAAAUUAUAUAAAAUUGCAUUACUUUAAAAAUACCUAUAAGCUAUGUCAGUAUGCUAUUUGGCAAACCAUAUAACCAGUCGCAUCUAUAUAGACGGCACUUCACCUAGGGUAUGCUUGGUUGCGCUACUAAUUUGGUGGUGGCGACCGGUGAUAAGCUGGUGGCGCAACCAGUUAUGUGUAUAAGCAUAUAACUUAUUCGACCUAGCUCACGUCUCAAGAAAACUCAUUUUUUUUGUGGACUGAUGAUAUGAGUAUAUGACUGAGAUGCUAGAAUUCUCUUUUUAGAAAAACAAAAGUUGAAGUAAUGUAAUUGUCUUUGAAACUAAGGGUCCGAGUGCAAGUGUGAGAUAUUCUACAUAUCUUUACGAUUUAUAUGGUAUCGAAAGUGCGACAAGUGCGACAAGUGUGGGCGUGUCUCUAGUGUUUUGCAAUAUUAUUACCACAUGGCACUUCUUCGAUACCAUAUAAAUCGUUGUUAACUUUCAAGUAAGCGUAGGUAGAAAAUGUCACACUUGGCACAUUUUUUUUUAUUCCACUACAAGUUAGCCCUUGACUGCAAUCUCACCAGGUGGUAAGUGACAAAGCAGUCUAAGAUG